ACACCCACACAGGUCUUUAAAUACAGCCCGUGGACAACUACGCGCGUCACGAAGUUUUUUUAGGGUUAUUGGUCCCGCUUGUUUUAACUCGGUCCUUGCUUUGUCGAUUUUUAAGAAAUUUUAACACAGAUUACUCGAGCCCUCUUCUAUUUUGUGUUCAUUUUUGCGACAAACAACGCCUCCAGAGACAUGGCAGACUGGAAGACGCAGAUAAGCUACAACUACAACGCCUCUUACCAUGCCUACGCCUACGGCCUCGUGUACCCACCUGGAGCAGAGCAAAACCACGGGAGCCUUACCAACUGGGGCGAAGAUCAAGCCCAGGAUUUGAGCAACUACAAUGCCGGGAUGGCACAGGCCUACUACACCACCACCGACAAGACUCAUGAGGAGUCUCCGCCUGGCAGUCCAGACGGGCAUGCCGUGAACAUCCACGGUCAAUUCCAGGGCCCUGGUGUUCUCCACCUCGGUGACAGCCCGGCAGGCCGUUUGCUCUUGGCCGGAGCUCCGCGGGUUGCUUACAAUGUAGGAGCACAUGAGGUCAGGCGGGUCCGGAGCGAUUCGACCAGUGACUCGGAGGCACACACCUCACCAGAUUCAUGGAGUUCUGGCAGCAGCAAAGAAGGAGGUCUCCCACGGGCAGACCCCGCCACCUGGGCAAAUAAAGAUCUUGAUGAUGAGACAUGCAGCAGGAGCCCGGAUGCCAGUGAGGACGUUCCCAACACUCUCGUGGAGGAGCCAAAGAUCUUUACUGUCAGUGGGGAUGAGGGCACUAACAACACUACCUCUCUCUCUGCACCUUUAACUGCUCCAAAGAAGCCAAGCACUACUUCUGCUGCCCCUAAAGGAAAAGUCCGGUCAGCCUUCUCAGAGAGUCAAAUGAAUGCUCUUGUCCAGCGCUUCAGUGUGAAGAGGUACCUCACCCCAAAUGAAAUGAGGAACCUGGCAGACCUGACUGGACUGACCUACAAACAGGUUAAGACUUGGUUUCAGAACCGAAGAAUGAAACUGAGGAGGCAUCAGAAAGACACCAGCUGGGUGUCUGAGCGCUACGGCAACAACAAAGGAAGCCCAAUUGGGCCCAUGUACACAAACAUUACCUCACAUAUCCCUCCUUAUCAAGGAGAAGCCCUGACUCAGCUCAAGGGGCAUUACAACCAGCACAUGAUGGGGACAGCCUUCAAGAAGACCCCACAGAACCUGGCCUUCUACCUGGCAGCCAUGGGCUCUGCUGGUGGACCUGCUGGCUACUCUCCCUGGUCCCCUGGCUCAUCCCAGACUGGAGCUCCCUCCAGGCCCCAGGCAGCUGGCUGGUCUAUGCCCUCAGGUGUGAGCCACUAUGAUUACGACCCCAAUGCAUUCAGCCCAGUCGGUGCUGCCUCUGUGAAUAACAUCGGGCAGGGCACAAGCUUUGACAACAAAGAUGGGGAUCCUGUCAAUGGCCGCACCUCUUUGAACGCAGCCAUUGUACACAAUGUCAAUCAGUAGUCAAUGUUGGAAGUGCUAAACUUUUCAUGAAAAGUUACCUGAACCGCCUUGUUAAUAUUCUUCCCGGUUGUGGUUUGAAAUGAAUUGAGGUGGUUGUUGAGUGGCCGGGUGUACAUAUACCUUGUUCAUACUCCUGUUCAAAAGUUUUAUUUUUUUAUCAUGAAGCGUUAUUUUUAUAUGCAACUUUAUGUAUGUUGAUGUGAUCUUUGCGCUUAGUGAUCUGAGAUGGGUCCAAAUUGGGCACAUUCUUCAGAUUACGUUGUUUUUUGGAACUGUAUUAAGGCAAAGUACUGAUGCAGAUGUGAUGACAACAAAUUUCACUUUUUCUAUAAAUACAGGUUCACUCUG